AUGGAAUCGGGCAAUGGCAAAAGUGAUAAGCCUCUUCACGUUGCCAUGCUCCCAUGGCUGGCCAUGGGUCACAUAAACCCCUUUUUUGAGCUGGCCAAGAUUCUUGCUCGAAAGGGUCACCAUGUUACCUUCAUAAACAGCCCCAAAAACAUCGAUCGCAUUCCCAAACCCCCCAAAACCUUACAACCAUUUAUUACACUGGUGAGGCUACCCUUGCCACGCAUACAGCAUCUUCCAGAAGGUGCAGAGAGCACGAUGGACGUUCCCUCAACAAAGUUAGGCUUCCUUAAGAAGGCUUUAGAUGGCCUCCAAGACUCUGUCGUGGAGGUCCUCAAAACUUCAAAGCCUGAUUGGGUUUUCUACGACUUUACAUUUGAGUGGUUGCCCGAAAUAGCUAAGAGCCUCAACAUCCCCUGUACAUUUUACCACAUAACCCCAGCGUGGAACGUAUCCUUCUUUGCUGCACCAAAGAAGCAAAUGAACUUAGAUUUCUCCCUCAAAAGCAUGUGCGGCCCUCCCACGUGGCUCCCUUUCCGCACAAGCAUUCAUCUCAGGCCUUACGAGUUGAUGAGAGCACACAACAUUCCCAAGGAUGAGGAGACAGGAGAGAGGGCUUCUUUUGACAUCAACAAGGCAUUUUCCAGCUGUGACUUGUUUCUUAACAGAUCUUGCAGAGAGCUUGAGGGAGAGUGGUUAGAUUGUCUUGCCGAUAUCUACAACGUUCCUGUGAUUCCAGUGGGGGUGAUUACACCAUCCAUGCAGAUAAGGGAUGUUGAAGAGGAAAAUAAAAACCCUGACUGGCGAGUUGCACUGAGUCAGCAAGAUCUCACUGAGUUGGCUCAUGGGAUUGAGCUUUCUGACCUGCCUUUCUUUUGGGCUCCGAAGAAACUGAAAGAGGGGUACUUGAGUUGCCAGAGGGGUUUGAGGAGAGAACCAAGGAUCGUGGGAUUGUUUGGAAGACUUGGCCCUCUUUUCAAGGGUGCUAGAGAAAAGAAUGUGGCUAUGGAAGUGCCAAGGAGCGAGGAAGAUGGGUCCUUUACUAGGGACUCUGUGGCCAAGACAUUGAGGUUCGCAAUUGUAGAUGAAGAUGGCAGUACUCUGAGAGAGAAUGCCAAGGAGAUCAGCAAGAUUUUCGGUUCCGAAGAACUUCAUGAUCAAUACAUUGAAGAUUUUAUUGCUGCACUUCAGAAGUAUAGUAGGCUUUCUUCCACUUCUAAGUAG